AUGCAGGCUCAGGAAGUCCUGAGACAGCUGAGGAUUCCUGAGUUAGAUGACGUGCGGCAGUAUAUACGCAGUCUUCCGACCCAUGCGUUGAUGGGCAUAGGAGCAGUCGCGGCCUUCACUACGUACUGGUUUGCCACUCGACCACAAGCCCUGAUGGCUCCCUUUGACCUGUCGCUGCAGUCUGUGGAGCUGCCUGGAGAAGAACGGGCCAGAAGGUCGACUCUUUCUCCUGAGAACGAAUACCUGACACAUUUCUACGAUGACGCUCUCACAAUGUACCAAGUGUUCCAGCGGGGGCAGCGAGUGUCCAAUGAUGGUCCAUGUCUCGGAUCAAGAAAACCUAACCAGCCCUAUGAAUGGCAGUCUUAUUCUGAGGUAUCAAACAAAGCAGAAGGCAUUGGCUCAGCUCUUCUCCACAAAGGCCACUCAAAAACAGGAGAUAAAUACAUUGGAAUUUUUUCUCAGAACAGACCAGAGUGGUCCAUUUCUGAACUGGCCUGCUACACCCAGUCCCUGGUGGCUGUGCCUCUCUAUGACACUCUGGGGAGAGAAGCCAUUGGCUACAUUCUGCAACAAGCCACUAUUUCCACUGUGAUCUGUGAUGUUGCUGAUAAAGCCAAGUUGAUCCUGGACUACGGCAAGUUGAAAGGGGGGACAGUGACGACUGUUGUGAUCAUCGAGAUUUUUGAUGAUGAUUUGGUCCAACUGGGAACGGAGUCUGGCAUCGACAUUGUGAGCUUCAAAGACUUUGAGGCCUUGGGACAUGCCAAUCACCAAACCCCACAGCCUCCUGAACCAGAUGACCUGGCACUGGUCUGCUUUACAUCUGGAACCACAGGGAAUCCAAAAGGAGCGAUGUUAAGUCAUAGAAAUGUUAUCUCCAACACGGCUGCUUUUCUCAAACUAACACAGGGCACGCGCAAGGCCUCCCAUACAGACGUGCUCAUCUCCUACCUGCCUCUGGCCCAUAUGUUUGAGCGAGUUGUGGAGGUACAAUGCACGCUGGGUGUCAGUGAUAUUCAUGUGUCCUAUUUGCCUCUCGCUCACAUGUUUGAGAGGGUGGUGCAGUCCGUGGUUCUCAUCCAUGGAGGUUGUAUUGGAUUCUUCCAAGGAGAUAUUAGACUUUUGAUGGAUGACUUAAAAACCCUUCAGCCAACUGUAUUUCCUGUUGUGCCACGCCUUCUAAACCGCAUGUUCGACAAGAUUUUCAGUCAAGCAAAUACGCGAAUGAAACGAUGGCUUUUAGAUUUUGCUUUUGAAAGAAAAAAAUCUGAGCUGCUCAACGGUGUGGUCAGACGAGACAGCAUAUGGGACAAACUUAUCUUCAAAAAAGUCCAGGAAAGUCUGGGGGGUCGAGUGAGGAUGAUGAUCACCGGAGCAGCACCGGUGUCUCCUGUCAUCCUGACCUUCCUCCGGGCCGCUCUGGGCUGUCAGUUUUAUGAAGGUUACGGUCAGACCGAAUGCACAGCUGGAUGCUCUAUGUCAAUGCCUGGAGACUGGACUGCAGGCAACGUAGGACCUCCUCUUCCUUGCAAUAUUGUUAAACUGGUGGAUGUAGCAGAAAUGAAUUAUCUGUCAGCCAAUGGAGAAGGAGAGGUGUGCGUCAAGGGACCAAACGUUUUCAAGGGUUACCUAAAGGAUCCAGAGAAAACCGCAGAAGCCCUUGACCAGGACGGGUGGCUGCACACGGGAGACAUCGGCAAAUGGCUUUCAAACGGUACUCUGAAGAUUAUUGAUCGGAAGAAGCACAUAUUCAAGCUGGCUCAAGGAGAAUAUAUUGCACCAGAGAGAAUUGAAACUGUUUAUAUUCGGAGCGACCCAGUUGCGCAAAUAUUUGUACAUGGAGACAGUUUACAGGCUUGUCUAGUUGGGAUAGUUGUCCCAGAUCCUGACUAUUUACCGUUAUGGCUCAAGAAAAAAGGAAUUCAGGGGUCUUUCGCUGAACUAUGCAGUAACAAGGAGGUGAAGAAUGCCAUUCUGGAGGACAUUUUGAGAUUGGGAAAAGAGGCUGGACUCAAGUCCUUUGAACAGGUGCGAGACAUCACCCUCCACCCGGAAAUGUUCUCGGUGCAGAGCGGUCUCCUCACGCCGACGCUAAAGGCCAAACGAAUGGAGCUACGCAACCACUUUAGAGACCAGAUUGAUACCAUGUACGCCAAUAUUAAGAUGUAG